GUGACUUCAUACUUGUCUCUGAAUCAAACUCUGACCUGUUUUCAGAGGACUCGCUGCCGUCCUGUGUGUGCGACAUAAAAUAAACUCUUUUCUUCACCUCCUGUCAUCCAGCCGUCUCCAGCAGCCGCCACCAUGCACGACACUGCAGAGGCCCACUCCCACACUCUCACCACCAACCGCAACUGCACCAUAGAGAUCACCAAUGUCAGCAAGAGCUUCUGUCUCACCAACCCAAAGGUGCACAUGGAAAGUGGCUUCGUCUACAACCCCCCGCAGCCAACCCUGCGCCCCACUAUGACCGAGGUGUGCUCUUUCAUCAAGGACGACAACACGGCAUCAGGUGCUGUGGGCGUCAUGACCUACGAGCUGUUCCACAUGCAGAGCCGCCAGUGCAGCGAGUUGAUCGCCAUCAUGUUCUCGGUGCCAUUUGACUACAACUUCUACAAGAACUGGCUGGGGCUGGGCAUCUUUGAGCACACGAAACCCUGCGAUGACAAGCUGUUCGAUCUCAUGUACAAUGACAAGGAAUGCGUCAACUUUCAGCGGCAUGAGGCCAACGGCUCAGGGGUGGUGUUUAAGGGGAAGUUUUUGGAAGUGAGGGGCUGCAUGUCCGAUGAGGGCAAGGCCAUAAUUAAGCUGGAGCUGUAUGACAAGAUGCCCCAUUGAGCCUGGAAUGAAUGCUUUGGUGUAAAAUAAAAAAAAGAUGCAUAGUCCUAAAAACCUACAUACAACAUGUCUGUCAUACGUGUCAUGUACGGGUGCUUUAAAUAAACAAUAAACAAUCUCACACA